AUGUGGAAAAACUUGGACUCAAGAUUAAAUAAAAGGAAAAAUGAUGAUGAAGACUGCNUGGUGGAAAAAUCUGAAAAAGAGAAAAAUGAUAUUCUGGAAGUUCUAGAAAAAGAAGUCACUUGUCCUGUCUGUCUCAUGAUCCCAAGAACUGAGAGAAUAACUAUCUGCAGGAAUGGACAUACCACUUGUGAGACAUGUAAAAGUCGAAAUUGUCCUGUCUGUAGAACAAGGAUUGAAGACGACAUGUUCUCUCCUCUAACUCAGAACAUCACUGAUCUGUUGGUAGUACCCUGCAUAUUCGUGGAUCAGGGUUGCACAAUCAAACUCAAGAAGAAUGAAAUUGUUAACCAUGAGAAGGAAGAGUGCAAAUACAGAGAAGUCAAGUGUCCAGUAUGUUUUUAUGUGAUUUUUGCAUGUAAACUUCCUAAUCACUUCAUAAAUUGUCCUCGAAUAUAUGUUGUAAUUGAAGACGUGAAGUUGGAUAAGACGCAGACUGAAUCAUUUACUUCUAAUAAAUCGAAAGGAGUCUCUCAAUUCUCUCAACCAGUUGUAUACAAGCUUGAAUCCUCUGAGAAUUGGUUUUUACUCUGUGCUGAUGUUUUGGAAGAUGAACUGGUGUUUUGUAUAAAGCAUUAUAGUGGAGAGGAGAGGAAGGAAGCAUUCAGCUGCAAUCUCAAGUUCUCCAAUAAAGGAAAAGAGUUCUCUAGGUCUAUGACUGGAGAGUGUACUCCUAUUGAAAUGGAAAUCAAGGAUGCCAGGAGAGAAGGAUAUACACUUGAUAUCAGUGUCGAAGUUAUGGAAAUGAAGUGUUUAUUGCCAAACACAGUAAAUGAGUACGAAUUUGACAUUGAAUUUGGUUUAAUUAAAAACUGAAUUUGAAAGUUUAUCAAUUGAGAAAAUGUGGCAAUCUAACUUUGCUACAUCCCACAUUCUCAUGCCAACUACCAGUUCAUUGUAUGUUUCUUGCUAUUUUACAACAUCAUUACUUCUGUAAAUUCUUAGUAAACUCCUUUAUUGCUCAUUGUUAUUUCUUGAUUAAUCCUUUGUCAAUUAUUCAUUGACUUUUUUGUUGAGAGUAAAGACUUAUUUUUGGACGAGAAGGAGAAAGAGAGAGCACAUAAUCUCAAGAAUCUGCUGUAAUCUCAAGUUCUCAACCCAUAAAUGAAAAAAUGUUAAAAUGUUAAAAGUUUUUAAAAAAUAUUUGUAAUUGAUAUUUUGUGAAAGAUUAAAUUAUUUUUUUAAUAAGUUUGGUAACGAAUAGUAUUGUAAUUGGUUUAAUAUUUGUAUUUUUCAUAAAUCUUCCAACCAGUUUAACAAUUUUUAGAUGUAAGCAUACAUUCCAUAUUUAAUAUUUUUUAACAUUUCUUGCUUACAGAUUGAUUAACAUUUUAAUAGAUGCAAUUAACUUCUAUAUUUGGAAGUAUUCUUUUGAGAUCCUAUAUCCUGUUUUAGAAUGUCAUGCUAUACAAAACAUAACUGGAAAUAUUUGUGAGUGAUUUAAUUUUUUUUU